UUUAUAUAAAAGACCGAUUCUUUCCUUCUCAAUCAUUAUCUCAUUCCUUUGGACCUUUUCGUUUACUCUGAAAGAAAAGGGUUGUAUUUUUGUGCUUUCCAUUCGAACUUCUCUUUGUAGCGCGAGAUGUCCUUAGAGGAACCUCCAGCGGUGGAGGCCAAUGGAGGGCUAGACGAUUCUCCUCGCAGAUCAGCGAAAAAGAUGACCGUCUAUCCUUCCACUAGCGACACCAUACCUCUCAAAGAGAUUAAUGAACCGUCCAAGACUGUACAUGUCACAGAUACAUUUGAGGACCGGGACCCUGUCGUAGAAACUCGUGGAAAGAAGAAGAAGAGUGCUUGGAAGUUUUGGGAGAAAGACGAAGAAGUUGAAGUGGAUCCAAACAAACCGAAACCCGUUCCAGUUUACAAGUUGUUUCGAUAUGCUACCAAGUUUGACAUGGUUCUCAUUAUUCUAAGUUUCAUCUUUGCCAUGCUGCAUGGUGCUGCUCUACCAGGUGCUAUGUAUCUGUUUGGUGAUCUCACCAACUUAUUUGCCUACCAUGAUUCCUCCAGGACCGUGUUUGAGACCAUUCGUGUUAACUAUUAUAAUACUUAUAAUAGCUAUUUGUUCCAGAAUCUUAAUCUUAGUCUCUCUGAAGCUAUAGAGAAUAGGACAGUCACCCCUGGUUUAGUUAUGAACCAGGCAUUGCUGAUGGAGUUCAAUAAUGCAAGUGGAUUUGGAGCUGGUCUAUCAGAUUCGAUACUCACCGGUCUCAGUUGUGUUAUAAUUUCUUAUGCUAAUGACAGUAUUGAUGACCUUGAUUCUCCAUUUGAAGUCCUCCGGAGGCUAGCAACUGAUAAUGAUUACAUGUUUCAAGUGACAACCAAUGCUUGUUCGCGUUGUCUCGAAGUUCAGUUUAGAGAUUUCAAUGAAGAAGCACGCUGUCUCUCUAAUGAUGUUUUCUUCAAUGGAGAUGGGAGCGUUGGAGAUGGCGUAUUCUGGCAAUUAUAUUUAUAUGGUAUAAUAGUAGUUGCUACCUUUAUAUUGGCCUUUCUUCAAAUCUCUACAAUGCAACUGGCCUGUGAGAGACAAGUGUAUAAGAUUAGGUUAGCUUACUAUCGUGCUGUUCUUCACCAGGACAUUGGAUGGUUUGAUCUUAAUGCCAGUGGGGAAUUAACUUCAAGACUUAAUGAGUGAG